AUGAAGAAAUCAAAGGACCCAUUUGAGGUAGCUUUUGAGGAGCAAGAGGAGACACCUCCGGAAUCCCCUGUUGCUGUCAAUGAGAAUGAAAUGCAGACUUCGGCGGGGCCCACCAUGACUGGCGGCGAAGAUGUGGACACAAAUGCAAAUAUAAGUGCUUCAGUCCCAGCUUCCAGGCCUCCUGUGCCGGUGGGGGCUGCCGGCCCGGUUGGGAAGAAUAAGGAAGAUGAUGAGGAAGAGGAGGAAGAGAACAUGGAGGUUGAGCUCGGAAAGUUCCGCGGGGGUGGUGAUCCUGCAAAAAUGGCUAAGAUGCAUGAACUUUUAGCUCAAUUCACGGAGGAGCAGUUGAAUAGAUACGAAUUAUUUCGAAGGUCUGGAUUUCAGAGAUCUAACAUGAAACGGUUAUUAACAAGUAUAACCGGAAGUCCGAAAAUCACGGUUCACAUGACAAUUGUAAUGUCUGGAAUAGCAAAAAUGUUUGUUGGGGAGCUUGUUGAAGCAGCCAGAAUAGUGAUGUCUGAGAGGGGGGAUACGGGACCAAUCAGGCCAUGCCACAUUAGAGAAGCUUACAGGAGAUUGAAACUGGAAGGCAAGAUCCCAAAACGAUCUGUGCCAAGGUUGUUCCGCUGA